UAAUUAUUUGUUUGAUAAUUUCUAAUUGGAAAUUGCAAAUGAAAUGUGACCAUGUACCCUAGGAAAAUGGAGACGAUAAUAAUUAUGAUUCAAAAUUGCUUUAGAUAAGUAUAAUUGUGUAAUAUUGAGUGUAUCAUUAAGAAAUAAAGUAUUUAGAUACUUUGUGAAAUGAUUUGGAAUUUGUUUCCAGAUAUCACCUUGAUUUACCAUAUGGUCAACAACAGCUGAUCUACGUUAUGCUUGAUAUUUCCCUCCAAAAAUUAUUUCCAGGAGUUAUGGUUUCAUUAAAUCCGUUUUGUAAGUGUAUUUUUUUUAUUGUACAUACAUCCAAAAAUCCAGAUUCAUGUGUAUUUGUAGUUGAAUUUUUUUCUCAUAAAUACGCCAUGGAAAGAAUAAAACGAGUGAGACCUGUGAAUUAUAAACGGUGGUUGAAGAUUCCUGAGUUGGAAAUACCUCGUACAACUUUACUUUCUCGAAAUAAACGAAUACGUUUGAAUGAUGCUAAUGUAAGUAUAAUCCUACUCAUACCAUAUCCAUAAAGUACAAAAAUAUCAUUUAUGUAGGUAUCAAAUUAGUACGAUUACUAAAAUCCUCUCUUGAGUUUUUACAAAUUGGAUUCAUGUGGCUGUAGAUAUAAGAGAUGAGUAACAAUAUCAUAUUAUAACUGAACACCAUAUAACAAGACAAAUAAAUACGUUGAAUUUUUUAAAAGUUGUAUUCAUAUCUGUGCUGCAUACACGUCAUAAUUGUCUAAUUUCGGUUUCUAAUUUUCUAAUUCAAUUUUGGAAUUUUUUAUUUACUUCAUUAGAUAGACGAAGGCAGUUCAACAGGUGGUGUCAACAUGAAUGAAUGUUUUCAAUUGGUGAGAAAUGGUGAUUACGACGUCAAUGAUUUGCUAGAAUGCAGUUCGAACGAAUUUCCAGAAUUGAUGAUAAAUGAUGAAAGCAAUGUUGCUGAUAUCAAUUCAUCAGAAUGCCAUAAUCGAUCACAUGAAUCGUUGAUAUUUGAUGACAGUGGUGCUGAUUUACGAGACUGUGGUGAUGAUCGGUCAUCAAUGCAUGAGAAAUCUCAACGUAAGUUUUUGAAUGGCUCGCCUAUUUUCGCGGAAGAAGCUGAAAUUUUAAUAAUGGCGUACAUCAUAAGAUACAAUUUGAAUGAUGAAGCAGUCGACGGAUUGAUACAAUUAUUUACAACAUUGGUACCUGAAUGUACGUUACCCAGGACAAUUUAUAGUUUUAUGAAGAAAUUUGACUCAAGGAAGGAUGUUUCUGCUUUAAAAAGACAUUUUUGCAGUGCAUGCUCAAUGAUUAUUUCAUGUGGUAGCGACAAACGCGGAGCAAUGUGUAGCAAAUGUUCACGUGAGUGCAAUAGUGAUUUUUUUUAUUACUUUCCAAUCAAGGACGCUCUCACACAAUUUGUGAACAGUUCGGAUUACUUGAUUAUGAUUAACCGACAUGAAUACAGCGAUGUUAAUGAUGGUGAGUAUUGUAAGAAUAAUCAGAACAUAAGCAAGACAGAUGUAACUUUACAAUUGAAUACUGAUGGAGUUUCAAUUUUCGAUUCUUCAAAUAAGUCGCUGUGGCCCAUUCAAGUGCUCAUUAAUAAUUUACCUCUCCUAUUAAGAAGAAAAUACCUACUGCUAUGUGGACUAUGGUUUGGCAAAAAUAAACCAGACAUGAAUAUGUAUCUCAGACUGUUCGUUGAAGAAAUGAAACAACUUUAUGAUGAUGGAAUCGUUAGAGAAGUGGAUAACACUUUGGUAAAAGUUCAUGUUGUAUUAUGUGUCUGUGAUUCCGUAGCAAGACCCACAUUGCAAAACAUCAAACAAUUUAAUGGAGAGUAUGGUUGCUCUUUUUGUUUACAAGAAGGAGAGAUUUCCAAAAGAAGUACACGCAUAUAUCCAAAAAUGAGCAUUUUGCCUAUUAGAAAUUUAGAACAGCACAUGGCAGAUGCUAGAAAAAGUAUUGAAGGUAGGCCUACACCUAUUAAUGGCGUAAAAGGUCCGUCAGUUCUAAUGCUGCUUCCCAGUUUUGACAUAACAAAGUGUUUUUCCAUCGAUUAUAUGCAUUCGGCGCUGCUAGGAGUUGUUAAGCAGUUCAUUGAGCAAUGGUUUGAUUCAGCAAAUCACGAUCAGCCUUGGUACCUCGGUACAAAAGAGUCUGAUUUUGAUAAAAAAUUACUGAGUAUACGACCACCAUGCGAAAUUAGUUGGCUUCCUCGGCCAAUUAGUACUAGAAAAAAGUGGAAAGCAAGCGAGCUCCGAAAUUUUUUAUUGUAUUAUUCGUUCUAUUGUAUAAGUGACCUUCUACCAACACGUUUUGUUAGCCAUUGGUGUGCUUUAAUAUAUAGUAUCAGUACAUUUCUUCAACCUUCGAUAACUACAGAAGAAUGGCGAAAAGCAACUGAGGCAUUAUUUCAUUUUGUUAUCAACAUCGGAAACCUUUACAAUAAAAACUUCUACAGAUUCAACGUGCAUCUACUUCUGCACCUACCCAUUUGUGUUCGAGAAUUUGGUGCUCUUUGGGCAACAUCUUGUUUUCCUUUUGAACACUAUAACGGAAUUUUGAAUAAAUUAUUCGUAAAUGCAACAGGUGUUCAACAGCAAAUUUGCAAAAACUAUUUUCGAUUUAAAAAACUGAUGUUGGAGUCUAACAAAUUUUAUGACUCGUCCGCUUUUUUAGAUCAGGUACCUUUAGGUAAACAAUUAUUCAUCAACUUCAUGAAUGGUGACAAAGAUGAAAAUCUGCAGCUGACUGGUGACGUCUACCAAUUCUCUGUUAGAAAAACACGUGCAACUAUCAGUAUAUCCGAGCAACGUUCUAUUGAGGCAGUAUUGGACUCGAAGAUUGACAUUAAUGCAGUCACAUUGUAUCAGUUUUGUAACGUUAGAGGAAUGCUGCUUCACUCAUAUGAUUUCAACAAACUGAAGAGUCGCAACAAUAGUAUCGUUCAGUUACAAGACGCAACUGUGAUCAUGGUGUGUAAAAUUUUGAAGGUUUUUAUCACGUCUCCUAUCGAAAUAAAUGAAAAAAGGAUUGUGAUAGAAGCGAUUCCAGCUACAAAAAGGAUUAACAAUUCAAAUCUACCCAAGCAAAACAAAUUUAUUGCUUCUGUAACCAAGGAGUUGGUUUUUAAUUGUACACGACAACGUAUCUUUGUUCUGCCUGAAAUGAUUCAGAAAAAGUGCGUUUCCAUUAACGUAAUUGGUGAUGAUGAUGGUAUUAACUAUACAUUGGCAACCCCAUUAGCUAACCAUUUAGAAAAUGGUUGGUGAAGAAUAUAUAGCUGCGUAUAUAUUAAUGAUCGUAUUAUAUGUGCAUGAUAAUUAGGUAUAUACAUAUAUCAUUAUUUAUUAAUUGUCAUAAUUUUUUAUUUUUUUUUUAUUUUAUCAACCCAUGCAGAUAUAUGUUGCACUCGAAUUAUAUUUCAAAUAAAUAAUAUAAAUAUGAUCUUGCAAACAUUAAUAAGCCUAAAUUGAAACAUUUCAUUUUUUUAAGACCAUUGCUCUUUCUUCAUAUUUUUAUUAAAAUCAUGUUUUCUAGUUCUCAUGGUCAUACAUUUCAUGGAUUUUACUCAUUUCUCAAAGCGCGUAUUGAUGCAAUUCAAGUCUUAACAUACUAUACAUAACUCUUGAAAAUAAUAUGUAUGUACAUAGAUGAUAUUUUGCCAUAAUAAUUUUUUUUUUUAAAGUGAAGGCAAUGGCUACAGGUACUACUAGUAACAUGAAAUACUUACCAGUGAUAAAUUUUUACCACUGAUAAAAACUACUUAUACACCAGUGGUAAAUAUUUACCACUUGUCAAAACCAUACCACUGGUACCAUUAAAUACCAGUGGUAAAUUUUUACCACUUAUAAAGACUACUGGCACACCAGUGGUAAAUUUUUACCACUCAUAAAGACUACUGGCACACCAGUGGUAAAUUUUCACCACUGGUGAAAACUACUGGUACACCAGUAGUAUUUUAUUUUACUACUGGUGUUUUUCCGCAUG